AUAAAAUGAAAUAAUUAAAAGUUGUAUGUUUAAGUGACACUCAUUCAAAAUUUGUAGAUGUAUAACAUGGCGAUGUACUUAUACAUUGUGGUGACUUCACGAAUUGGGGACAUGACUAUGAAAUCAAAGAUUUUAUAUCAUGGUUAAAAGCAUAACCUCAUAAACAUAAAAUAGUAGUACCAGGAAAUCAUGAUAUCACUUUAGAUAUUGAAAAAUACCCUUAAUUGAAGAAUAAAUUUCAUAGAUAUAGCAAUUAUAAUCCUGAAAAAUUGCUUUAAGAUUUAAAAGAAUGUUGCCAUUUACUUAUAAACUCAUCAGUUACAAUAGAAGGUUUCAAAUUUUGGGGUAGUCCAUAUACAUUAGAAUAUUGUGAUUGGGCAUUUCAAAUUACUGGAAGUAGUUAAUAAUUUUGGGAAUAAAUUGAAGAAGGAUCUGAUGUUAUUAUAACUCAUGGACCACCAUAUUAUUAUGGAGACAAAACAUAUAAUGGACUAAGGGUGGGAGAUAAAUAUUUAGUUGAAAAAGUUUAGAAAAUCAGACCUAAGAUUCAUGUUUUCGGAGGAAUUCACGAGGGAUUUGGAGUUUAUGAAGAAGAUGGAGGAUAUUUAGUAGAUAAUUCUAUUACAUUUGUAAACUGUUCAAUUAUGGAUAACUAAUUUAAAAUCUAGAAUAAACCAUACGUAUAUUAUCUUUAAAAAGAUGAAUGA